UAGCCUGUUUGGUGUUUACGUUUUUUCGAAAAGAGCAUGUGUACUCUCUGUUUACGACGUUUACGUCGUGUCUUGCGCCUCGAAGAAACGCUGUGACAUCUGCAUUUCACGUGUAUUUCCCCUGCGAGUAUCGCCUGUUGAGCCUGUUAGCAUUCACGCUUCGAAAUCGUAAGAAUUUUCAGUUUCCGGCCGGUAGAGAAUGCCGAAACAUGACCCGUUUAGCCCGAAGGGCAUCGCGAACAGAAUCAAGUCGAAGGGCCUGCAGAAACUGCGAUGGUAUUGCCAGAUGUGCCAAAAACAGUGUCGAGACGAGAAUGGCUUCAAGUGCCACACGAUGUCAGAGUCGCACCAGCGACAGCUCCUGCUCUUUGCCGAAUGUCCGGGCAAAUACCUUGGAACAUUCUCCCAAGAAUUUGCUGAAACUUUCUUGGAGCUACUCAAGAGGCGAUUUGGCACCAAGCGAGUACAUGCCAACCAGGUGUACCAGGAGUACAUUGCAGACAAGCAGCACUUGCACAUGAACGCCACCCGGUGGCUCACGCUCACUUCGUUUGUCAAGUGGCUCGGGCGCGAGGGACACUGCACGGUCGAUGAGACCGAGAAAGGAUGGUUCAUCACUUACAUCGACCGGGAUCCAGACACCAUUAAAAAACAGGAGUCGUUGGCCAAGAAAGAAAAGCUUGACCUCGAUGACCAGGACCGGCUUGCCAAGUUCAUCGAUCGUCAGAUCGAGCGCGAUCGUGAGCGGAAAGGAGAGGAGGCUACAUCCACUGACUUCACGGAGCUGAAACGGGAAAAUGAAGAGGAGAAAGUUGUUUUCAAGUUGGCUGCCUCCUCAUCAAAACAGCAAGAAGAUGCAGCAAAAAAGGAGUCCUUGAAAGUUAACCCCCUGGAAGUGGCAGCCAAAGCUAGGGAAAAGCACAAGUCACCAUCAUCGUCGUCGUCAACCUAUGGCGAUGGUGAGCCUAAGCCUAAGAAACCGGCGAAGCUCUCUGCGCUCGACGAGAUCAUGCUGGAGCAGGAGAAGAAGCGGGAGAAGAUAAACCGCCGUGCCUACUGGAUCACUCCUGACAUUGUUGUCAAAGUGAUGGCCAAGAAGCUGGGCGACAAGUACUACAAGAAGAAAGGUGUCGUAGAGGACGUGCAGGACCGGUAUGUGGCCACGGUUCGUAUGCUGGACAGCAGCGAUGUGCUGCGACUGGACCAGAGUCACUUGGAGACGGUCAUCCCCAACAUUGGGCGCCGAGUCAAGGUCGUCAAUGGUGCCUACCGGGGUCAGGAAGCUACUCUGCUCGAAGUGGACCAGGCAGGCUUCUGCGCAAAACUCCGCCUCGACUCUGGACUAAUCAGCGGUCGCGUGCUUGAGAAAGUUCCGUACGAAGACUUCUCCAAACUUCACGUGCCGUCGUGACAUCAGUGAAAGCAAGAACUCAUGUUUGUUUCCUCGGAAAGGUUCUCAGAACUUUUCCGAAACACCCAUCUUCUCUGUCACCCUUUGCAAUACUGCGUGUCGCCGUGAACUUUGAUGGAAAUAGCUUUGGUUAAGUGUUACUGGUGAGAGUGUGAGUGGCUAGGGCAGUGGGCUGAUGUUCACCGCAGUAAGUUUUACUUUGUGGAAAUGGCAUUAACCAUUUGCCCUACUCGCCCGUUAUUUUUUUGGGGGGGGGGAUAAAUAAAUAAAUACAAAAUUUCUCAGAAAUUUCGUGUGGCAUAUGGCCACUAAAUUAGGAGUGCAACCCUAAACAAAAACCCUUCGGUUCAUACAUCUUUUUCUCUCAUUUUUUUCCGAGAAGUAUGAACGAGGUUCCGCUGUAAUACAAGCAUAUUUACCAUCGCUGCAAUCUAUCGUUGCAUCCUGCUCCUUCUGAUUUAUAUAUCGAAAACAUCGAGAACACCCUUCAAUGAUCGCACUGGUUGUAAGAAAAGCCAGAAUAUCCAGCAUAGUACAGUAAAACCUUGUUAAUUCGACCCUUGUUAAUUUGGACUCGUCCUCUGGUCCCGGCAGGCAUAUGCAUUAUUCAAUGCAAUCAAACUCUCGAUAAUUCGGACGUAUUUGCCUGCACACCAGUUAGUUCAGACAGCUUUCGGAGCUCGGCAAGCGAGCGCCACAAAUGUACCACACAAAAGAGCAAGAACGACGCUGCAAAAGCGGUGCUAAUGUCUAACCGAAAUGAAGCGGCGCAGUUCUCAUCGCCAUAGUCAUCAAUGGAAAUUGUACGUGAGUGACAGCAACUCCGGAACGCUUUGUACCUAAUUGUACCUUUAAUGCCUUUAUUCUUGCAUUUACGGCCGUGCAUAACACCAUGUUGGCCGCGUGCUUUCACAAUUGCGUAGUCGCCAUCAAUGAUUGUGUCGAUAGCGGCAGCGGUUGCGGUAGACAGUAGUUUGACUAGGUAUGUGCAUCGGCCGCGUGCCUGGAUCGCUGCAAUCUAUCGUUGCAGCGAUAGAUUGCAGCGUAGUCGCCAUCCAUCAUCGCAUCAAUAGCGACCGCGGUUUCGUCCGAAGUUGUAGCAGCGAACAGUACUUUCGAUCGCACUCGGUGCAUGCGUUGGCCGCGUGCCUUCAGCACUACAACGUCACCGUUUAUAAUCACGUCGAUGGCGGCUGUGGUUUCCUCCGCAGUGGUUGUGGCAAACAGUUUCAUUUUGACUCGAUGCAAAGCUGUCAAGGAUGAAGAGUACCGGCUACAGUGCGAUGGACGGAUGAUCUGUUGGCGAUCAGCUCACUGGUGAAAAAAUAAUGGGGAUGUGUGUGUAGUAGUGCAAAGGCAUGUCGCAUAUGAAGGUGCGCGCCGUAGCCGUGCAGUGAAGAAAGUCGCGAGGCCUGGAUCACUGCUGCAAGAGCCACUGAGUCACGAGAUGACGAGAAUUGCAGCUUCCGCACUGUUUUUGUACAAAAUAGCAACAAGACUUGCUAAUUCAUUAACUAAAUAAAAGCAUGUUUACGUAGUAAGCAUUUGCUUAUUGUUUUCUGGAUGCCCUCGAUAAUUCGACAUUUGGUUAGUUGGGACAUUUUCUUCGGUCCCGUGAAAUUUGAAUUAUGAGGUUUUACUGCACAUGAAAGAUUAUGAUAGACUCGGCCAUGCAUCCUUCAGAAGAUCUAGUGGCUGAGGGAUUUUCUUAGCUUACACUUGUCGUGUCGGCAGCAAGGAGUGUCCCCUUCCCUCACCUAAAGCAAUAAAAUAAAAAUACUGUGUUUUCCAUGCAAUUUGGAGCUUUCACAUCAGCCCGUCGACUGCAAGGAUAUUCAUAUAAGAUUCUGUCUACCCCUAAAAAAUGCAACGAAGAAGUCGUGGGCUUUUCUGACUUAUGGCUUGUACCAUACAUGUCGGACUUCAUUUUGGGAUAAAGCCGUGUGGCUGCUUAUUUAAGUGAUAAGUGAGCACAACUUCUGCGUCACCCACAAAAAAGUCAGUGCUCUGACCCUCAGCCUGUGCCAUAGCUGUUGUUAUCUUUCUGCUCGUGCACCUGUAUUUACGUUUACUUUGCUAUUUGAUCCUAUGAGAGCAUUUAGCAUGGAAAAAUAAAAAAUAAGAUUGCAGACUUGUGUUGCCUAGCAAAAUCGCAACCCAAUUUUCAGUGAAGCUGUUUCGUUUGAGUAGUUGCUUUCACUUGCCUGUAAUUAAACCACACUUUAAAACGUUGCCCCUAUAUGACUGAUUCGUUUGGAACCCUGCUAGUAUAUAAUGUCUUUGGGCAUUGGGUAAAGAAAUUUUUUAAAUACCACAGGCCGGGAUUUGAUCCAGCACCCUCGGGCUUAGCGGCGCAAUGCCAAAGCAACUACGCCACCACGGCAGGUACAUUUUAUUUGCGAGAAGAUUGGCCAUAACACAUUAUCAAACCAGAACUGAACUGAAAACUGGAAAAAAAACAUUAUUUUUGCUCGAACCAAAACUGAAUCGAAACAUUCUGAUGUUUUUCACUCCAGAGUGAAACCGGAAAAAAAAUUUUUAAAUAACGAUUUUUGGUUCAUGCUGUCAGCUUUUCCAGAGAUUUUCAGCCUCUCAUUGCCUGCACUUGCGACUGAACUGUCCUGCGUAUCUCAUUUUAAAUUCCAUCGUCCCAUGAUUUUAGAAGUAGCAGCGCCAAUAGUACAGUUUUAAAUGUAUCACAUUGGGGGGCAGACAUGUUAGUAGUGCAUUCGUAAGGAUUCGAAAUUGGGGACCAUCAAAUAGUUUUCCUUUAGAAGGAGACCUCUAUAUGACAGGUGAAAUAAAGGCGCGCUUCCUAGCUGCG